AUGGUUGAGAAUCACAAAGGAAAAACCAUAGGGAAGACAAUUGAGAAGUGUUUGCUAGAUUGGGGAAUUGAUAAGGUUUUCACAAUUACUAUGGACAAUGCAUCUUCAAGUGUCUCAGCAUUGUCAUACUUGAAGAAGCCAUUAAGGAAUUGGAAGGGAUUGGUUUGUGGUGGGGGUUACCUACAUAUUAGGUGUUGUGCUCAUAUUCUUAGGUUGAUUGUUCAUGAAGGCUUAAAGGAUUUGAAAGAGAACUUUGAAAGCAUUAGAAGUGCUGUUAGAUAUAUGCGCUCAUCUCCUGCACAUUUUGCAAAGUUUAAGUCUUUUGCUAAGGCUGAAAAAAUUAACACAAAAAGCCUUGUUUGUUUGGAUGUGUCAACCAAGUGGAAUUCAACCUUCUUGAUGUUAGAGGCAGCAUGGAAGCUUCAAAAAAUGUUUGAAAGAAUGAAUGAUGAGGAUGAUGACUACUGUGCACACUUUAGGCCCUCUAACCCCCCUCCAAGGCAUGAAUCAAAAGCACAUGAUUUCAAUUUGGUUGAUUCACAUGAGGUAUCUAGCAAUAGGCUUGAAUCACAUGAUUUCUUGAAGCGAGCUUGUGAUGCUAGGCGUGAAGAUAAAGAGAAAAAACGUGAUGACCCCCCAAUAGUAGAAGAUUGGAAUCGUGCACGGAUGUUGGAAAGAAAUAUUAUGAAUUUAGAUUCCCUCUUAUCUGAUAUGUCUUUCAACAUGAAUAUGAAAUAUGAAAAAUAUUCGAGCAAAGCUGAAAUCAUGAAUCCUUUGUUGAUUGUGGCAGUUAUACUAGAUCCUUGUUACAAGCUGGCAUAUGUUAAUCACAUAUUUGAGAAUUUGUUCCAUGACAAUGAAGUUUGCUUGGCUAUGAAGGAUAGGGUCAAGGAUUGUUUAUGUCGUGUGUUUGAAGAAUAUUUUGCCUUUGUUGGGAUAUCUUCUGAAUCCAACACUGCUUCAUCUCCUGCUAUGCCUUUAUCUUCAAUAAGUGCUGUAGCGAAUGUGGAUGAUCAUGAUCCAGGCCUUUAG